AUGGCAACGCCGGCCGAUGGCAUCUGGGGCCACGACGCCAACGCGAGCAGCGACAGCGACGACGGCGUCGCCUUCCGGACGCUUGAGCUCGAGGACGACGAGGACGGCGACGAAGAGUAUGCACCAUCAGAAGCCUCGGAUGCUGACGCGGAUGACGACGACGACGACGACGACGACGAGGUGGACGACGCCAUGGUCGACGAGACGCUCUGGGCGGACGAGGCCGACCGCGCCAAUUGGGAGAAGGAGUUCGAGCGGAAAAAUGCCAAGUGGAAGCGCCAGUACGGCUCGCGCAUUGACUCGGAGGCGCAGCCAUUGCCGAGUGCGCGCUUGGACGCGGAACUGCGCCGGAACCCAUGGCGCCGACUCGGCUUCUUCCUUGGCGUUCUCAUCUGCGCCGUCCAAGGAUCCAUCAUCUACCAAGUGCAUUCCGAGGGCGCGACGCUGACCGAGGCAUGGACGCGUCUUGAGGACCUCGGGGCGACAGUAGUACUGCCGUCGCUCUACUCGGCGCUGCAUGAUGCGAUAGCGGUGGACGAGUACGGCGUUGACCGAGCCGUUCCGAGCGAUGACAGCAGCAAUAUCACGACUCAAGACAAAGCAGACCCCGAUGACGCGUCCGUGACCUCGGACACGGACGAGCCCGACGCCUCCGAGGUCGAGCCACCGACGCCCGUUGACACAACGCCGGAGGAAGAGCCAUCAACACAGGUCGGUGAGAGCCAUGACGCGCUCGAUGCGACAACGACCGCGGCCGAUACCGACGAUUCCGUCUCGCAGGAGGCGGCCGAGCACGAGACGACCGUCAUUGAGGAUGUGGUCGAAGUCGCCAUCACGUUCGACGGCGAUGCUGCCCUUUCUGCCGACGACGACGACGACAACUCGUCGCUGCCUGCUGACGCCAACACGCUGCUGGACGAGGCCGCGACGCUCGAUACGCUGGCUUCUCUUGACGCCACGCAAGACGAGCCAGCUCGAUACGCUGGCUUCUCUUGA